GUUUCUGUUCAACUUUUAGUGUCCGUGAAUGUCUUCUCAGCUGUGUUUGUCUCAAGGCUUACUUUCGGAUCCUCCUGCACCGCAGUUCUGGAUCAAACUGAACGAGCUGAAGCGCGUCUUACUGCAGGACUCUCGACUGUGGAAAAUACAGAAAAGGCUCUCUAUUGAGUCAGGAGAUUGUAUAGUAGUUAGAAAGAAAACACGUGAAGAAGUUAUUCACUUGAUUGAAAAUCUCAUUUUACGGUUCAUUCAGAGUGUGUUGGAAGGCGGCUCUGAUCUUGAUGUUCCUGGCAGGUGUUCAGCAGGUUGUGUGAGGUUUACUUCUGGUGUGGGCUUUGAACUGCUGUAUUCUUCAACUCGAUGCCAUCAUACUCGGAAACGCACUGACACAAAGCAAGCACAACUCACCGUUGUUCUCGAGAAAAUCCAUGAGCUCCUUAUUACCAAUUCAUAUGCAACAAAAAGAGAUUUGUAUUAUAACAAUGUCGAGUUGUUUGAUAAACAAGUUACUCUUAAUUGUCUGCUGGAUGACAUCGCAGUCAAGUUUGAAGUUCCUCGACGAUGCUUGCAUGUGAUGUCUGACAAUAAAGGCAUGUUAUUUGGUGAUUUGCUGUUUUCACAUCAGGACAUUGUUACAGACUGUCGAGAAAGCUCAUCAAUGGGAACAACAGUGCCAAACGACAUACACGACGUCACAAUAAUUUCAUCGUCAGCAAGAUUUGUUCUUGUGAUUGAAAAGGAGGCAACAUUUCAGCGCCUCCUUGAUGAUAAAUUCUGUGAGAAGUUUGGUCCUUGCAUUAUAAUCACAGGUAAGGGUUUCCCAGAUGUAAGCACCAGGAGAGUCAUCCACAUACUGUGGACAUUGCUAGAGAUACCGAUUCUCGGUCUUGUGGAUUGUGACCCUUACGGUAUUGAGAUAUUAACAGUUUUCAAGUUUGGAUCAAUGUCUCUUGCAUAUAAUUCACAUGACCUAACUUGUCCGUGUCUCAAAUGGAUCGGAGUCUUGCCAAGUGACUUAGCAAGGUUAUCCAUUCCUGAUGACUGCCUAAUGGAUCUGGCACAAAGAGACCAGCAACGACUUGUUUUGUUACUACAAAGGCCGUUCAUGAAAGCCGAACCAAUGUGGAAAGAAGAGGUUGAAGUGAUGGUUGCGAGGGGCAAGAAAGCUGAGAUUCAGUGUUUCAGCGCAUCCUUUUCUCAAAGUUACUUGGUUGAUGUUUAUUUACCACAAAAGCUAAGUGCUGGAAGCUGGGUGUGAGUGACACUAUACAAAAGUCAAAUGUAUGUACUGGUGUGACUAUUGCUUAUUAGCCGGAAAUAGUUUGCAUUGGUAAGAAUAGAUAUGAUAUAAUUGACUAUUUAUUUC